AGUGGUGCACAGGACGGACUAACAUCCUGAAUUGCUCCUCCAGAUGCGGUCGGAAAGAGAAUCGCAAGUGCUGACCGUCCCCAGAGGACCGCAGCUGUUUUAUGCCCCCAAGAUGUGCGAAGGCGCUGUAUGAUAGGCACAGCAGCAGGCGUGAUUUCCGUGCCAGUUAUCAUAGUGGUCUGCUGCAUCGUGAUCCAUCGGCGGCGGCAGAAGAAAAAAGAGCGCGCCAUGGCAGGUUCUGGAGACUGGUUGGAAGCCGGUGGCCGCCCCUCGCGCCCGGACAGCCGCACCAGCCGGAGCAGCAUCGCCAGCUGGACCAACCGCCCUGGCAGCCCUGAGACCUGGACCGAAAACCAGCAGCCAGGGCUCCUGCCUGGCAAACCGGCGCACUCGGACUCCCCGCGGCCGCCACGGCCCCCACGGCCACCACGACCACCGCGCCCGGCCUCAACACGGCCCUCACACCAGGCCACCACACAGCCCUCGCACCCGGCCUCAACAUGGCCCUCACACCCAGCCUCCACACGGUCCCCACAGAGCCUGCAACCCCACAGCCUGACUCCAACCACCCUACAACUGCAGGAUCAGUCUGGCGCCCUCCAGCCUCAACCAAAACGGCCCAACCGGCCCUUCAGCCACUACUGAAGGUGACCCCGCCAGGGUCGGCGUUGCAGCACGCUCACAGACCCCUGACCGACAGCUUCUGGGACCAGUCGGCCGUUUGUCUGUGAAUAAAGAUGGACAAAGCUGUUGCACAAGUGUCCGAGUGGUACCAACAGCAAACCCCGCGAGGCACCAGCCCGGUGCAGCCGUGGUGCAGGCAGGGGCCGGGCACACUGGCUCCUCCAACCAGUGGCGGGGCCACGAUGCGCUGGGGGAGCCCACGGCCACGGCCAGCGACACCAACCUGAGCGCCGCACGGUACGGGAGCCCCACCUGGCCAGUGGCACGGACUGGUUUAUUGCAGCAGGGUCAUCUGGCCAUGGACCUGCUCAAAUGGCAUAGCCAGGAAAAGAGGGAAGGCAUCUAGAACAGCUCCAGGGACACAAGCCUGGCAAACAAGCCUGCU